AAAAAUGUGAGGUCCUUCAUUCCACAUGAAAACUUAAACCCAAAGGGUUAAAAUCGAAAAAUUCAUCUUCUCCACUCGUGCCCUCUGUUUCCUUUACCCCUUUCAUCGAUUCUCUUCUUGAUUUCCUCCAAUUUCUCCCACUGUUUCCAUAUUCAACUCUUCUCCGUCACCUCAACAUGCCGAUUAAACCCACCCUUUCAACCCGAUCAUCUCCAAAUCGGAUCCCAAACACCUUAACUUCAUAAAAAACAUUCAAUCUUCUUUUAUACAACGUGAUUAUGGGUGACCCAAAAACAAACAAUGAGAAGGGAAACUUAUCUUUAGACUUAAAAAGAACCUUUUCACAAGAUUUAUUACAAAGAUUUACCGGGUCAGGAGACCCGAAAGGAUCCGACCCGGAACAGGAAGUGGAGUUGAAUCUCGGGUUAUCAUUAGGGGGAAGAUUCGGAGUGGAUAAAAGUAAGUUAGUAAGAUCAUCUUCAAUAGCUACAAUUUUACCGGUUGUAAAAGACGACGACGUUUUACAAACGGGUAAAGAGAAAACGGGUCCGGGUGGGUCUUAUUCGGGUCUGGUCAGAACGUCGUCGUUGCCGGUUGAGACGGAGGAGGAGUGGCGGAAACGGAAGGAGCUUCAGAGUUUGAGGAGAUUGGCUGCGAAACGACGACGUUCGGAGAAACAAAAGAAUUUGAAUAGAGUUGAAAGGGAGGAAUAUGUUGCGGCUAUGGGUCGGGUCGGGUCGUCGAUUGGACCGGGUUUUGGAUCCGGUAAGUGGGAGUUUGGUGGACCGGUUGCCACGUCGGAUGGGACCGGUGCCGGGUUGACUCGGGGAUCGGUUGAGUCGCAAGCUUCGAGUGUGUCGGAGUUUGAGAGUAGACAACUUCCAGGGUCGAGUACAGAAGGUGAAGUUAGUCCAGCAAGUGUGCAAUCUAGGCAAGAACGAACCAAUCAAGACGCCACCAAUUCAUCCCAGUCAAAAGCGGGGGAGCCUGCUGUCGGCCCGUCAAGACCCAAAACAGAAAACUCACCUAAUAACAAAGGGAAAGAAAUCAGAUCAAGUUCAGUCGACAUGCCAUGCGUCUUCACGCAAGGAGACGGGCCAGGUGGCAGAAGAAUCGACGGGAUUCUUUACAAAUACGGGAAAGGUGAAGAAGUGAAAAUAAUGUGCGUUUGUCACGGCAGUUUUCUCACACCGGCUGAGUUUGUGAAGCAUGCCGGCGGGACAGACGUUGAUCAUCCCUUGAAGCACAUAGUUGUAAACCCUAAUUCUUCUUCUUACUUGUAAUUGUGGUGUAUGUUUUAUCAUCAUCAUCAUUACCCCUUUGAAAACAUAAAGAGGUUCAUUUAAGAGAGGAAGUAUGAUUAUUUGCUUAGUGUUUUUUUGAUAAUUUUUCUAAAUUCUUUCUUUUUCUUGGUUUU